AUGGGCCAGCAGCAGUCGAAGAAGACUCGCAAGCCGGCAAGGAGAGCAAACGCGCAUUCUCGGACAACCGCACCAGACACAGCCAACGGCUCCGCCACUUCCUCACAUGCUGAGGGCAAUCCGGGCAUCACUGUUAGCCAUCCUGAUGCUGGUGGGGCUUUGCAGAAUGGGCACGGUAACGGUUUAGAUACCCAUCCUUCACCCAACCCAACCUCCCCCCGAAAGACAUUCCUUCCACUUCUUCUGGCCCCUCGACGUCCCCAUCCACCUCUCCGUCUACGCAUUCGAAGCCUCCCCCUCUGGACAUCCCAGGACAGACGAUUUGACCAUGUCGAGCUCACCAUACCCACACCAGGCUCGACGAGCAGCUUCGUUAUCGACCCCGCCGCCAUGUCCAAUGGUGCCAAGAAUGGCGCAGCACUGAAACAGCUCGACAUUGAUGACAUGAUCCAACGGCUGCUCGACGUCGGAUACACAGGCAAAGUGAGCAAGUCGUUAUGUCUCAAGAACGCGGAGAUUACUGCGAUAUGCCAAGCGGCACGCGAGGUGUUCUUGGGCCAGCCGACGCUCAUUGAGCUCUCCCCACCGGUGAAGAUCGUAGGAGACGUUCACGGGCAGUAUUCGGACCUCAUCCGACUGUUCGAAAUGUGCGGGUUUCCCCCAGCCGCAAACUAUCUCUUCCUGGGCGACUAUGUCGACAGAGGAAAGCAAAGCUCGAGACCAUCCUACUCCUCCUCUGUUACAAAAUCAAGUACCCGAGAACUUCUUCUACUGCGGGGCAACCACGAAUGUGCCAACGUCACGCGAGUGUACGGCUUCUACGACGAAUGCAAACGAAGAUGCAACAUCAAGACGUGGAAGACGUUCAUCGACGUCUUCAACUGCCUGCCCAUUGCGGCCAUUGUCGCCUCGAAGAUCUUCUGCGUGCACGGCGGCCUUUCCCCAUCCUUGCACUCCAUGGACGACAUCAAACGCAUACAGCGACCAACGGAUGUUCCGGACUAUGGCUUAUUGAACGACCUGCUGUGGUCGGAUCCCUCCGACACAGCAACUGAAUGGGAGGACAACGAGCGUGGCGUCAGUUACUGCUUCGGGAAGUCGGUCAUCAAUGAUUUUCUGGUGCGAUACGAUAUGGACCUCAUAUGCCGUGCGCAUAUGGUCGUGGAGGAUGGAUACGAGUUCUGGAAUGAUCGGACACUGGUGACGGUCUUCAGUGCGCCGAACUACUGUGGCGAGUUCGACAAUUAUGGCGCAUGCAUGAGCGUAUCGGAAGAGCUCCUGUGUGCAUUCGAGCUUCUCAAGCCUCUGGACGGCCCAGCACUACGGAAGGAGAUGACGAAAGCAAAACGGAAGACGUACGUUGCAGUCCGUUCCGAAUACCACUUGCUCAUCAUCGCGCGUACAGUUUGA